AUGGGAAGGAUAUUUACGGUGGAGCUAGAGGGAAGAUCUUACAGAUGCAGGUUUUGCAGAACUCAUCUCGCUCUCCCCGAUGAUCUUGUUUCUCGGUCGUUCCAUUGUCGGAGAGGAAAGGCUUACCUCUUCAACCGUUCGGUGAACAUAAGUAUGGGUCCUUUAGAAGAAAGGAUGAUGCUUUCGGGUAUGCACACAGUAGCUGAUAUCUUCUGCUGCUGCUGCGGACAGAAUGUUGGCUGGAAAUACGAAUCAGCACACGAGAAAGCUCAGAAGUAUAAAGAAGGCAAAUUUGUUCUGGAAAGAGGAAGGAUCGUGGAUGAAAUCGAUUUAUCGACUGAGGUUUACAUCGACACUCGAAGCGACACAGAAGAUUCUUAA